GUCCUAUAAUUCCCAUUCCUCCAACAAACGCGUCCUACAAUUCCUAAUUAUUCAUGUCGUGUCUAAUCCUCCUACUUACUGAACUUCUGACUCCACCUCCCGCUCCCUCUCCUCACCGACCACCGCGACAGCCAGUCAAGAUUCCUACACAACCCCCCUUCCCGCUUCAGCCUCAACCUAUGAUCUCUGCAUUAGCGCCUGCUCCACACACGCUCACUCGUCGGGCUCGUGCUCUCAAUCCCCCCGUAGCUCCUCAGCGCCACCAGCUUCUCCCAGCCGCCGCGCCGAUAGUACCAUCCUCGUCCUCGUCCGGGCCGACGACGCCGCGGCGUCACCAGCUUUUUCCCGCGGUGGGGAUAAUUUUUUUAGCAGACUUGACAGGCUUGACAGGCUUGACAGGCUUGCCAGGGACGAUAGGUUGGCCAGGCUGAAUGGCUUGGGCCUCCGCGACCGGAGCCGCAACCGGGAUGGCGACCGCGACCGCGCCGGCGCAGAGGAGGGUGAGCGAGAGGAUGAUCUUGGUGAAAUGCAUUGUGUGUGUUCGAGUUGGAGUUUGUGG